AUGUCUCAGUUCAAAAAGCGAAUUCAUCUUUUCAACUGUGAUAACACAUACAAGCUAGAGCCUGUUGAAAAAUUGUUGGAGAAAUGUGGCAUCGAUGUUGAACUUGUUGAGAAGCACUAUUUCAGACUUCCUAAAAUGUCUGAAAUGGUCGACAGAAUUCCCAUCUUAGCGAUGGAUAUGGCCUUUUUCGUGGUUCAUGCACAUGAAUGUGUGCUCUCGAUAAACGAGGAAGGCGCGGGAUUUGGCUACGCCAAAAUAUACCGGGCUUUACUAAAAGCAACGGGUAAGGAGCUGAAACAUUUUCAGUUUUUUUAUCAUUAUUUAUCAUUAUUUAAUUGUGUUUGUCACAAACACAUUUAAUUUUGCUUAAUAAUGCGUUGUUCAGCAGGCAGCGAUUUCUUUGACAAAAGCAAUGGCAAGUUUAUCAAAUUUACUGCGGAACUGUUGUACAUUUUCCCUAACAAAGGCCUAUUAGACAUAUGAGUCGAAAGCGAAAGUAAAUUAGCGUAGAUGUACAUCGAGGUUGGAAGUUCUCGGCACUUGCUCUGGAAAUUGGUAAAGUGCGACUAGUUGUUUCAUGCGUCGUCGAGGAUCUGUUACGAGCGAGGAAAUCGAAACCCGGCUUCGAAUUCUCGGUACAGAAAUACAAUUUCACUUUGUUUGAGAUACCUACGCUGAGGAAAAAAAAUGCACUCGAAUGCCUCUUGACAAUAACUUGGAACAAGGUACACAAUGGUUUAAUGAAGGCAACAGAUAACCGGCUUGAGACUGGGUUGUUUGUGUCUUUUUAUUCAGUUGUGAACCCGUUUUUAUUUGCUGCCGAGCAAGAAAGGAAAAAUCUCUUCCUUGUAUGAUUAAUUUGGCAACUAAGAAAAGUAAUCGACUGUAUAAAACUAACGCGAUGUGAUUCGGUGGAUAAAGCGGCGGACGAUUUAAGCGGAAGCGACUAAAACCGUUUCCGAUAAUCUGUUUUCCUUCUUUUGUUGGCGAUCAAAAUUUUAGGCAAUGUAAGGUAAUGUACUCCCAUUUAUUUUAUAAAUGUUGAUUUUAUUUUUUCCUUUCCUAAAUGAAGACGGAAGCAAACUUCCGGCGAAUGCUUAUGAUAAGACAAAUUAGACAAAAGGAACUGUUUCCAAGAAUCUUGGGACAAUUUUAAUUCGUUUUUUCAGGUUAAACCCAAUUUGCGUGUGCGUAUGUGUCGGCUUGAAUACGUGGUUUAACGUCGAUCGUUCAAACCACUAAGAUAUAAGAUUUACAUGACUCAUUGCUUGUCAUUUAAUUCUGAAGAUUGUUCGUAUUUGCUCUGAAAAGUAAUAAAAAACGCAUAGAGUCCGGGAAUACCGUAAUUUAUUUACAUUUUCAUUUGCAUGCAACUCUUUCAAGUUGGGUGUAAGAAAAUCAACAACUGUAAGUGAGACCGUCAGGGACCUUCAGGAUUGUAUGAGUUAAAGAUUGAAAGCAAAUUUAUAUUUAAAAGCCAUUUUGCCUCAAUGGAUAACGGCUAAGAGAACAUUGAAUUAAUUCCUCAUAAUGAUGAAUGCUGAACAAAUCAGAGGCGCCUCUCUUCGGAUACUGAUUUUGAGCAGCCAAGGAAUAUUCCUACGCAGAAUUGAUAUGAUAAAACAGUUUACCAUUGAAACCGAAUUGGAAAGGUGAACAUUUGUCAGCUAUCAGCAGUUAUCUAUACCACUGACAUGGGUUCAAAACGCUUUUUCAAAGCAAAUGAAAUUAAUUUGAAUAAUCGUUCGAAUUAUGAAAGGAAAUUUUGUGGGUAACAAGAAAUGGAGCUCCGAUUACCAUAGAUAAACCAAGAAACAUAGUGUUAUUUCGAUGACAUGUUGGGAGAGGAUGUCAGCAUCCAUCGAACAAAUUUGAAAUAUUUUGGAAAGUCGCCCAAAAUUCGUUUUCUCUCCUACUUUCAUAUUUUUUAGCCCAAUAUGUUCGAAUAAUUGUGGUGUAGUUUUUUGUGAAAACAUAUUUUAGUUUUCGAGAAAUAGUUUUUUUCGUUCGACCGCUCAAAUAUGCAAAUUUUAACCGUGAAUAUUACCCGAGUUGUGUGACCUCAUGUAACGAAUAUGCUAAACAACCGGUAUUUCUAUCGACAUAAUCCUUUGUUUUAUCAUCUAAACUUAAUCCCCUGUCGUUAUUGAAGCUGGCAAAGAAGUAGUUAUUUUUUGGUGAAUAGUUUUGUCCGACAUGCUUUCCCUAUGUCGAAAAGUAGCAUCAACACUAGGACAUAUUGGGCUACAAAAUAUGAAAGUAGGAUUGUAAGCAAAUUUUGGGUGACUUGUUGCUGUUUGUCUGAUGCAUGUUGACAUUAGCUCUUAAAUUUUAUGUGCUCUUUGUUAGAAACGAGAUACUUUGUUUCAUUUUCACGAGCACAAAUAAAAUGUACAAAAAUAGUAACCAAAUGAGAUUCCGAAGACGUCUCAAGGGCCUUUGCAUAAACACUUCGUUAAUCAAAUAGUAUAUGUCAGGUCUCUUUCGUGCAAUACGGAUUAUACAUGUACAUGUAUCAAUAUUAAUGUUAAUGCGUGGGAUCAGGUUGCCCUGUGUAUUCGAGCCUGAGGCUCAUGUAUAAGACGUAUGAAAGUAAGCAAAAUACAAUUAAAAAAACAGAAACAAAAAAAAAAAUACAUAUAUAUAUAAAAAACUAAACGUACAAAAAUCAUUGCUACAAUUAAAAAUAUCGGCAGGGCGGUAACACCAGGUGCUCAGUCAAAGGGGCGCAUUGUUUCAUAUUUUACAUCUGGUCAUUAGGAAGGAAUUUGAUUAAGUGUGUCUGACAUGGGAGAUACAAACACACUGGCCAACAACAAAACAUUGGAAAUUGCAUAUCGUGUGGAGAUAUGUACUGUUACGCCUUUUUACAUUUGAAUCUGCUUUAUUAUCAGGUGGAGAUGUCAUCAUCGUUAUCGGGGGAGAUAACAAAUACAAGGGCGAAGACGAAGAGGAACGUGAGGUUAUUUCACGUUGGGCGAAAAGGAAAGUUUUCUCACAGUUCAGCGAAGAGUAUCUUGAUGGCAGAAAGAGCUUCAUCUUUUCUUGGAACAAAAAACAUCGAGAGAUUCACGAACAAGCUCUGUUGCAUCACUUUGACCCAAACAAGAACGGACUAAAGUUCGAAUAUCAGCCGGAUCAGCGAAAGGAACAACCAGAGGCAGCAACACCACCGCCAUCAAGAUUGGAGGAGGUAAUACAUCCGUUUCGUAGGUGUUUUUCCUUGUCAGGCGAACAACAAUAUGAAUCAGAGCCGCCACUUAAACCAGAAAGUUCCCUGCGUCACUAUGAAGCUGUAACUGGUGCAAGGGAGAUCAAAGAAUGGUAGACUCUUGAUAGUAGAGCCGAGGGCAGCAAUAUUUCGAGGAAGAAGGCAAGCACAACAACCGCUAAUAAUCAAGGAGCCGGGUCUGAGGAAAUUUUUCGUCCACGUACCGGAGAAACUAUUGGUUAGAAUAAAAUCUUAAAAACAGAUUUACAGGAAAAUAUUUAGGCACCUUACCCACUUAUGCGUCGAUCAAUCGGAAGCUUCAACAUCCAGGAAGCCCCCUGUGGAUUUAAACUUUUGAAGAUUGGCAUGUUAAAAUUCUUGUUCCGGGCCCAAAAUUAUUUCCAAAUGCCCUCCCCAAGUGGCGGAAUUGAUGGUGAAUUUUUUUUUUGUAAAAGGCGGAAUCAGCGACCGCGACUUUCUACUCAUUUACCAAGCUUUAAAAACUAGACCUUGCAGACCUUUCCUUCUGAGGAAUUCGCCCGCGAAAGUGAACUCUAUACCUUCAAACUCUCCCUAUUUUUAAAAAUAAAAACUUUUAUUCGGUUGAAAUUCCCCAUCUCAGCCAAAAAAUGUUCAAAUUCCCCACCCCUGAUAAGGAUGACGGUCAAAUUACCGCGGGUUGCCCGGGGCGGAUGUUGAAGCUCCGAAUUAAUCUGCGCAUUAUCUGAGAGGUGAUAAAGCCGACGAAAGCACAAUUCCUCGGUAACUCUUGUCGUUUUGCCCACUUGAAGUCUCCAAGGUAUGUAGAUUUGAGAAGGUAGUAGGAAGUGAACUGCUAAACUUCUACCUCUGCUAGGGGCAUGGCCAAAUGGUGCCUUUUUAAGUGCUGAGGUCAAUUGCCCAUAUGUUUCAACUCUUUGAUUCAUAUCGGAAACUUUAUGAAGAUUUUCACCGAGAAGACUUUUGCUAAUCGUUUACCCAUGAAAACUAUUAGCGUCUUGUUUCAGCUAAUUCUAAAUUCCAAUUUCUGGUUUGCAGAAUUUUUCUCGUGGGAGUUUCUUUGUCGCUGUGUCGGCUUCUCAUUUACUAACAGAAGGAAGUCUGUUGGUUCCAACGCACUGACCGCCAUUAUUUGGCAGCCAUGCACACACGGUUAAAGGAGAAUCAUGCUCCAAAAACCAUCUAAUUUUUAUCUUUACCAUCGACAGUAUCCUAACUUAAAACAAUUGUCUUCAACUGAGCUUAUAGUUGAUUAUGGACGCUUGCCAUUUUUUAACCUUGCCCAGCAACCUGGCCGACCACCUUUCUCAGUUACAAAUAUCGAUUCUUUUCUCUUCAUCUCAUGGAGAUCUGUUCGAUUAAUCAAGAGCCACUCGAAAAUAAAUUAUCUAAAAGAAAUUGUUUUUUCGUGGUGGUUUUGCUCGUGUGGCCAGCUAACUUUGUUAGUUUCAAAAUGACGGCGUUUAUGUUCGAGUUUUAAGCACAUUUAGCCAGGUUGAGUUACUCACUGGAAUCUCAAUAUGCAUACUUCUUCCUCAAGAUAAUCUUUAAGUGUACGACUUUCCGUCUCUCUCUCUCUUUAGAAUUGUCGAUUCUUGGCUGUAAUGUGUCAUGUGAGUCUGUGGAUGAUGCGAAAAAAGUUUUUGCAAGAGUUCUUCCCAGCCUUCGCUUGUCAAAGGAUCCUUUCGUUGGCAACCUGCCAAUCACCAAAGUUGAAGAAUAUUUGAGGGACUAUCACUUCAGAUUCUCUGUGUUGAUGGUGGACGGUUAUACUGUGAGGGAUGGUUGUGACGAUCAAAGAUCAAAGGAAUUACAGCGACUUGUAAGACUUGCAGUGGAUCAAGUCGGUAAGUCUUCCGAUUGCACUGAUAAGUUACUCUCAUAAAAAUCCUUCAUACCACGUUUUUUUAUCAUUACCAUACUUUUAACCCCUUGAAUUAUUUCGUUGUCAAUAAUUUAGUUCCUUUUCGGUGCAUUUAAUCAAAAACAUUCUCUUCGUCUGACAAAAAGACAAUCUUACCGCUGAAUGCUUGAGUUGAUAAAUCAUUUUCUUGGAGAGCGGGUAGAGGAGGUCUAGGAAAGGGAUGAUCAUCCCACUGUAGUUUUAUGUAGUUUACAAAAAGUGCAUAGUGAUUACAUCCGAUCGUGAGCGGCUCCUCCUCUGAAUUUUGUACUGAGAUUAUUUUUUCGUAAAGGUAGAUCACCUUUUUGCAUUCACUGAACUGCUAUAAACACAGGCAUAGUAACAAAUAUUUGAGGUAGCUCUAAGCCCUCUUUGGACCAUGGAACCUGAAUCGGCCAUGGUUCUUCGAAACACGAGUAAUACUAAUGCUUUGUUAGCUGUUUAUAGACUUUCUGUCACGUUAGUUUUCAACUAAUACAGUGACAGAAAGGGUGCUGGUACUGAUAGUGUUCGAACAACUCAGCUCAAUUCUUGAAACAAAAUCCUUAUAAUUGUAAUUGAAUUACGGCUCAAUCGGUGUGAAGAAAUGAACACAGCAGUCCCCAUUUGAGAUUUUUUCUGUUUUCUCUUCACAGUUGAAAAAGUCAUUAUCUUGGUUUGCAAUGGGCAAUCAACAACAAAUACAUACAAUGAGUUUAUUGGGCAAAUCAAUAAACUAGAGAAAACGUUUGUUGCAACAGUAAACAAUGGAAAGCUGGCUAUGGAUCCACAGAUAUUUUGUGCAGCCAAGUUUUGAAUCUUCCAAUGACAUGUUCUACGCCAAAUACACAGUUUAUCUCUCAAGAACAGGAUGUACACGCUUACUCGUUGUCCACAUAUUCAUACAACUUAAGCGAAAACUAUCUUCAAAGGAAUUCCUCAGAAAGGAAAAGUAUUGAUGAGAUGAGUGCUCAAAAUAGUCAGCAGCUGGUCCUGGGGACACAGUUCUCAAAAAGACCCCCUCCUGUUGUUGUCCUAAGAAGUUUCGUUCGUCACGGAGAGAUAUCUUAUCGGCAAGAGGACCUUCAAAUAUGGGACCCUGAAUUUCAAGUUCCGGAUGACAUCCUAGGGAAGCUGUUAUACAGAUUCCGGAACAAACCUCUUGUUGGAAUAAGAGUCAUUAAGCUCAGUAAUGGGUCAACUGAGUGUUACGUUGAUCAAAAUUUGAAACAAUUUACGUUGGAUGGGGAAAUACAGCUUGAUACUGGAAAAAAGCUUUUAUUAAAAACUCGUGUUCGCAACGGAAAGGUAUCGUUUGAAGACAACAGUGUAAAGUAUAAAUAUAGAAAUAACUGUAUCCCUGAACGCAUUAUCGAUGAUCUACAAAAGAGGAAGGCUGAUGGUGACUUGUACAUCAGUUUACAUGACUCAGACAAAUUUGAAGCUAUUAUAAAAGAAAGUGGAAAAAUAGAGCAAGCUGCUAAUGCUGCUGCUAAUGCUGCUGCUAAUGCUGCUGCAAAGGCUAUCAAACAAACAACGGAAAGAGCACUAAAAACAGCAAAAGAAGCAUUUGGGUUUCGUUCUUUGGGGCGUAGCAACAUAUAGGUUAAAGGAACUGGUAAAAAUUUACUUCAUUGUAUAAGGAAACUGGCCGAUAACGAAGGACGAGAACUAAAUUGAUGUCUUCCUUUUGACUCUUAACCUCCAGAAAUAGUUCUUUUCGGUUGCGAUGCUCAUCCAAGUUGACGUGAUGGCGGACGUCUCGAUGCAAGCGAAAACCGAAAUCCAUUUCUUCGAAAGGUUUGAAAUGUGACAAAAAUAUCGUGGUUUAGACCGUUCAAAGAGUAUAUUCGCUCAUGGGCUCAUGUUGUGUUGUAAUUUUGUUUGAUGAGAGAUAGCGAUAAAGAAUCGGUUUUAUUUAGAUGAAGAAAAAAACAUUAUAGAAAAGGAAAACGGAAAAGAGAGACCAUGGAAAUGAAUUAAAAGCUCUACUGGUGGACAGCUUGAUUAUAGACCAUUUAUAGAAUAAGGAUGGCAUCUCGGCGGGUUUUUUGAGUUAUUUUUUUAAUCAAAAAAUAACUAUGUUAGCGUGUAGUGCGGUAUGUUGCUCGCACCAAUCAGAUCACACACUUUGGGCAUUAGAGUAUCUUUCUCUUGCUCAGUGUAUCUUAAUUCAUUUAUUUGCAACAUAUGUUUGGCUAGGUCUAUUGAAGAUAACACAGAGUUUUAGUUUGCUUUUCGUAGUUAAAUUAGGUGGAAUCAUAUUUUGAGGCAGCCAACUGUAGACGAAUAAUUUUUAUUUUCUCUCUGUUAGGAAAAAAGGCAGUUAGUCGACUCUUUUGCAAACGUUAUUUGGUCUCGUUGCGCAACGCACUCUCUUACCAAUGGGGAAGAGAGGGCGUUAUGUGGCAAGACCAGACAAUGGUUGCGAAGGAGACUACAGUAGGCGUGGCAAUGAUGCAUUUCAUUUUCACCCAGAAGUAUUUAGACAAUAAAGACAAUAGACCACAAAGAACCUGUGAGAGUUUAGAUAAAUUAGCCUUUUUUUCUUUCCUUAAGGUGAAGUAACACAAUAUUUUCGUUCUUUUUUAAGUUAUGCUCUUUUUCUGUUCCAAAAUGAAAACAAUAGGUUCACAAAGUGUCCUACCGCAACACACCCAGUUAAAAAAUAACUCUUGCAUGAUACGCAUGCCUGUGUUUGUACCUAAUGUUUUUCUGCUUCCGGUGUGCUUUCCAACAGAACAGAGUACAGUCAAGGCUUCUCUAUUUGUCAACCAGUCUUGAUAAUUGAAUAAAUUUGAAAUAAAUUUUCGUUUGUUUGUACGCAGGGAACUUCGCUGGCAAGGCAAUCCUCAAUGGUACAGUGUGAAAAUGUCACAAUGCAAGGAGUUACGUCCUUAGAAAUCCUUGCUGAGCAUCACCACAUGAUCUCAGAGAACUUUUACUCUUUGCAAGAUUAAGUCCCUUGAAUAGUAGACUUUCAUAAUGUUUAUCAUAUGUUCU